AUGGAGGACGAAAACUUUGUAGCCGACUCGGAUGAAGAUGAGCAGGAGUUUUUGGAUGCACUAGCACAAGCGGAGGCGCGUCAGCGCCUCGAAUCGGCUGCAGCUGCUCAGCAACAGCAGACCACAGAUGAACAUAAGGAGCAAGAACAAAAGCAGUAUGAUAUAAUUGUAAAUGAGUCGCGGACAAUUGGUGGACAGGAGAAUGCUCAGGAAGAAAAAUGUAUCGGGAUGAAUGAAGAUAGAAGUGAAGAGAUAGAUGAUGAGCAUGAAGACGACAAGAAUGAGGAGAAAGAGAAAGCGCAAGGCGUGGAGCAAGCUGACGACGUGCUGAAAGUGGGCACGGUGGUGGAAGUGGAAUCUCGAACAUGGCCUGGCAUCAAUAAGCAGGGAGGUGCGGGUCGUGUUACCCAUGUUUAUAGAGAGACGUUGAAGGAAGGAGAAGCAGAGGAGAUUUUCUACGACGUGCGCUAUGUGCUAGGCGGCUUCGAGAGACAUAUCGAGCGUGAGUAUGUCCAUUCAUCGAAGCUUUUAAAGAAGCAGUCAAAUCGUGAAAAAGUUAGUCGAGAGUAUUAUCACGACGAUUAUAUUAAUGAGCCACAUCUACGAAAGCAAAGAGAAGCUGAGAGGAAGCGUAAGCAGCUGAUGACACAUCCCGAACAGCUCCAAAUGCAUAUUUUGCGUCGUAAAAAAAGAAAGCCUUCACAUGUUCCGUCUCGGGUCGAAGAGAUGUCUGACUCACGAAAUGAAGCUUUAUCAUCAAGCGAUGACGAAGGGAAAGGAGAUAGCUCUACUGCUAACGAUGACGCCGUUGUAUUAACACAAAACCGCAGAAUCUCGCAAAUGAUUUCACAUCGUAACAUCGAACAAACCGCCCGCGACGCACUAGAAUCUCCUGCGAGGCAGUCAGGAAAAACCCAGCGUUGGAGAUAUCGAAUUCUGGACAGUAGUGACGAAGAUAGCAGUCGAAGUGGGAAUACAGGUGAUUUUUCAAGCUCGGAUACAGGCCAAACUGACCUCUUGGACUCCGAUAGCGUGUAUUCGCUUGUGGCAGGGGGCGAUGCACAAAGCAAUCGUAACAAUCGACACCGACACCGGAGAAAAAAGAUUAUUAAUGUAAAGCGUCGGCGCUUUGUUGGAGGAUACGAACACAAUGAGGACGACGCUGAUGGCAGGUUUAUUCAACCAGAAGGAAAUCCUGAUGAAUUGCCCGACGAUGUCAUCCGAGUAACAGGCCUUCGGCUUGAGACUACUCGAGACGGCUUGAUGAACCAAUUGAAUGAGGUGUUCGUUCAGCAGAAGAACAAUAUCGCCGCCUUUCAUGAAAAGCAGAAAACGAUGGAUCAGAAAAUAAAAACGUUAUCAGAGAUGCAUUUGAGCGAUCUUCUUGUUCUAUAUCGUGAGAUAGUUGAUCUGGAAGAAAAUUUUUUGACGAAGACUUUAGUAAAUGCUGGUGAAGAUGCGAUGGAUAUGAUCGCUAGAAAGCUAGACCACUGUGGCAAUCUGCCAGCUUCCUUUGAGCAAUUAGAUCGCGACAUCGAUGACUGUAGGGAAGAGCUAAAAGAGUGUUCUCAUUGGGUACACACUGUCAGGGAUACUCUGGAGGAUGCGCUGAGUCAGCGAAAUGCGCUUGAACCGCUUCAGCACGUAGAUUUGGCUGAAUACUCAUCAGACAGCAGCUAUUCUAUCGACAAUAACAAUACUGGAAAUUAUUUAAGUGGUAUGACCGGUGGUGAUGAAAUUACGGACACUGAGAAGAUUAGAAAAGAAGAAGGUAUAAAUGCCACGAAAAAACAGCAACAACAACGUGACUCGGUGUCAGAAAUCGAAGCACGUAGAUUAAAAGCAAAAAGUCGUAGCUGCAGACAAAGAACAGCCCGAAGUACUACAUUGAAUGACUACUUUCAUCAAAACGAAUCAAGUAAUUGCCUCACAUCUAAUUUGAGGCUUUCUGGAAAACAAAAAAAGGUUGUUUCGUCCGAUCCUCGGUGGGCUUGGAUCAAACUUGCUCGAAGGAAGCAGCAGCAAGCUAAAAAAGGCAUCCAGAAUCAACCCUCGUGGACUUCAUCGGUCGGCCUAUCUGGUGAAAAUUUCAGUGUCCGCACGAUCCGGGACGUACGAUCGACACGCGUGAUUAGUCGAGACGACAGCACUUUCGUUCAAGCGCAGCGAAUGCAUUUUCGCAAUAAGCGCUUUAGUGCUCUGCCGAAGCAGUGGCGAUCACGUGAGUCUUUUGUUGCUGUAUCUGCAUCACCCAGCGGCCCUACCUCUACUUUUGCUGCUUACCCAGCUGGCAUCUCAUUUAACGACACUUCUUUUGAAAAGAGACUGCAACCCGCAAAGACUGUCACCGUGCCAAGCAAGAGCGCAGUAGAUUGGGAGGGUAUUUUUGAAGUCGUAAUGAAUGACAUAUCAGAUGGUGAAAACGGCAAUGACACUUAUGAAUUCACGGGGCAAGAAGUACUUUGGACUUUUGGUCAUCGAGUAUUCGACCCAAUGAUUUUAGCUCACCUUUCUUCUGUUGAUGAAUGUGAUUUUAAAGACCUGGAAAAUAUUGAAGACGUUGUUAAAAGACAAACAUCUCGCCUUCGACAACGGUUGAAUGAUCUCAGGUUUCAAGAAAACGCAUUUAUGGAAUUACUGUCAAAAGGUUGCCUGGAUAUUAGCGAUGAAGAGAAGUAUGCAAUUACACCCCAAUGGUUGACAUUAGUAUCUCUUGAAGAGGCCUAUCACAAGGCGAUAGCUAGUCUAGUAGCUCAAUUGUUGCAGGCUUCGAAACAACUUCUCAAUGUAAACCUUCCAAGCUGCCUUCCAAUUAUUUGGGAACAAAUUACCGCACUUGUCCGACAGCUCCCUGACUGUAAUGCCAUGUUCAAUGGGUGUGAAGCGUACUUGUUUUUCUUUGAGGUGGCAUCCAGAGAUGCAACAACAACUCCUCUUCUGACAGCUGUCUUGCGUACGUAUUGGUAUUGUCUUGAUUUGCUCGUAGCUCUCCAAUCAAUGCUUCAUAUACAGCACACGCAAAAAAUUGAGAAUGUGAGCCUUACAGCACUGCCAGUAAACAGGAUCAUUUUGGCCGUCGUGCUCUUUUUAUUUGAUUUGCAUGUUCAUCUCCCGUCAUCCCACCGUUUGGAUAAGAGGUCUGAUGGUAUGCUUAUUGGUUCAUCGCCAGCAUUAUCAUUAUGGAUGCUGGUUCGUGACUGCAGCAUGAGUUCUGCUGAAGCCGAUAAAUCUGACCAUGAUUCACUUAUUGCGAAAGAAAAGCACGUAUGGACAUUGCUGCAAGUUGUUUAUCGCCAGCGUUAUUGGGAUAGGCUAGCUCAGUAUUUCGUCCAAAGUGAAUCGUGUGGCGGAUAUCUACGUGAUUUAGAGCCAAGUAUUGCAGAUGCUAAGACUAGAGAUGCAUGUGACGAGAUGUUUGAAAGUCAGCUCCUGUCACUGGAAACUGCGUGGAAGUUAGUCGCUAUUUUAGCCCAAAUUUAUGCGGUCUCUGAUAGCGACAAACACGAAGAAGCUGUAUGUGAUGCCAAAUGGGCCGUUGUCAAAGAACUUCUCCAGCCGGACAAUCCUGAUUUUCUUCCUUUCAACCUACCCCGCAAUCAUGAAAUUUUUUUACAGAUCGACUUUUGUCGAGGCGCCACAACUUACAAACGGCAUGUGUUAAGGCGAGUCAUGACAUUUUCAAGGCGUUGGCGUUCUUCCAAAGAUAUCGUCGUACAUCUUUUGCGCCAACUAUGGGGGAACGAUGAGCCUUACCAACCAGGUGCCGUCAUCCAAAUCCCUCGAUUGUUUAAAGAGUAUAUCAGUCAAUGUAGAAAGCUCGGAAAUUCAAAAUCACGGCUUGCCGCGUUUGCUGAGGCGAAUGAUGCUGACGGCGACUCAACAACUGCUUUGUGCAAAAUUAUUUGGCUGGAAAAGCGAGUUCAUCGUAGUCGCUUCCGUCGCGCUGUUCUUAGUGCGAUUCCAGGUGAUUCGAGCAGUAGACAGGUACCUGAACCUGCAAAUUCAGUCUUCACGUCGCAAGACUCGUUUAAAACGCCAAAAACAGAAUGGUGCUGGGAUACGAAUGAUAUUCCAGAAAAGAUAGUGGCAGUCAAACCAUCUAAGGUAUCAGGGCAGCUACCGUCUAUGAAGUCGAGACUCGGAAACGAGCGAACGGGAAUAGCACUUCUACUUGUAUUUGCAGUUGUUGAAGUAUGUUCGGAGUGUGGUGACGAAGAGUACUUUUCGGUCAAGCGGCACGAUAAAGACGUCAGAUAUAUGGAGCGAGAGGUAGAGUUUUAUUGCAAGGAAUUUCUACGGUGGACCUCGAAGAAACCUGAAUAUGACCUUCUCGUGGCACAAGCCUUAUUCACGCUUGGCGCCUUGCUUCUAGAAAAAAAUUCGUCUGAAUUUUCUACAGUAUUUUGGGCACUCAAUGACAAACUUGAGUCAUCCAUGAAUAAUAUGCAGGGCCACUCCGUCGGAUCAUCAACACCAAAGCAGCAACUUGACCAGAAAGCGAGUACCUUGUCUACUUUUCAGCAAGAACGCCGAGGGGCUGCAAUGGCAUCUCUGUAUCACAUGCGCGAUCUGAUAAUUAAGAUGCUUCAAAUGCCAUCAUCGGGCAUAGGAAGUGGGUCUGCAUUUGGGCUUGCAGUGUUAAAAAGUCUUGAACACGUAUUUGGCACCGGAAUGGAGGCAUUCUUGAAUUUGGCAACUCACCAAAGAUUUGUUGCGAUCGCUGAUUUAAAAGUUGCGCUGGAUAUAUUUCAGCUAUUACUUCCUAUAGCCUCAGAUGAGCCAAAGCAAUGUUUGACUCUUUCAUCAUCUCAGGGUGCAUAUGACGAUAGUUUUGAUGAUGCGUUGGCGAUGCUUGAUAUGGAUGUAAUGCUUGAGAAACGCAACUCUGGAUCGACUUUUACAUGGACUGUUAUGGAGUGCAGAACCAAAGCUAUACAACUGGUUACAAACAAUUUGCGAGUGGCCAUUCAGCACCUCGUACUGAACUACCCUACAAAUGGCACUCCUACGUUUGAAGAACUUUAUUCACUCGAUCUGCUUGGCUUGAUAAUUGCUACGUGCAACGUCCAGUUCUUUUGGGAUAACUUGACUUCCACUUCUGCAAAAUCCAGAAAUCUUGCACCACGAGUGCUAGGUGCUGCACUGAAGUAUACCGCUGAUAAAGACUGGCUAAGAAAAGUCUUUUUGAGAGAAUCUGGAGCAGAACAACAUCUUGCCAUUGCGUGGCUGUUGGGAACACUAGAUGCUGCAACACUAAAAAAGAAACCACUUUUGUUCAGAUUGGAAGAGAUACCUUCCAGUAUACUUAAGACUAAUUCCCAGGAAACAAUGAUACAAAAUCAGGGUUGUGUCAACGACUCCGACUACUGGUUAAUGCUGACUGACGGAAUAAUUUACAAUCUGCUCCGCAGUGAUUCGUGGGGAGUAGAAUUAAUGAAUUCGCAUGUACUUAAGCUGUUACGUGAGGUGGCAUCGAUAUGUAAUUUUUGCACCUUUAUCAGAGCAGACAAAGCAAGCCUUGACGACUCCGCAACGUUGUACGAUCUUCAUUUGGAUAUUUUCCGGGCAUUCUGUAAAGCCGCUAGCAACAUUUGGAGAUCUUAUGCUUCUACUUUCUCGAACAAUUGGCCCGAAAUGAAUCAAUUCCGCACAAAAAUGGUGCAUCCUUCAAAGGGAAUCUUUGUUUCAUUUCUCGAGGCCUAUAAAUUGAAUUUUCGGCGAGCCUGUUGCGAGAUUGACCACUGGAAUCACAACUGGCAUAAAUUUGCCGAAUUAUUCCUUCGCCAGGCUGGAGUAAAUGUAGUACAGGGACUUUCAUACCACGAAGUGGAUGACUCAAUCAAAACAUUUGAUGAGAGACUUACAGGACUGACUACGAUGUUCCGAUUCAUCGCGAUGGAAUUAUUAUUUCGUCAAGUAAAUUGUGCUGAGCAUCCUCAAGCCAUCAAGAGAUUGGAGGAUCAAAGACGACGAAUGGGGCGAGAAGGAGGGCGGAGUAUCAACAAUGACCUUCGUAAAGGGUUUUGCUCAUCUUCUAUGAGAUUUGUUGACAGUGUCCAGUUGUUUUUUGCUCUUCAAAAGUACCCCAGUUUACUGCAUUGGUUCGCACAGACUUCAGAAAUCUAUCAGACUUUCGAAAAUGGGUGGCGAUUCUCCCCCUUGAGGACGCUCCUUGUGAACAGUUUAGAUCCAGAUGGACCUCUAGGCAUUCACAGCUAUUAUCCAGAAGACGAAACUUCCAACGAUUUUGACGUGCAGGCAGUGCGCCGAGAAGCUUUCUACUUAUCGUGUGGCGUAUUCAGCUGUAGGUGCACGAGAUCCUUCGAGCACUCGCGAGAUAAACCUGUUGCAGUGACUUGUAAACGUCUCCAGCAUCUUCGAAAAUUUAUCUUGAACGAUUUUAUGAGGGAGACACUCUCGUUUGUUAUCCAAAGCGAUGCUUCUUCAUUGCUAGAGACUUUUGCCCCCUUGAUCCAGUUUAUGCGUGCUGUUCUUCACCACGCCAACCUGAAUACUGAAAGUGUGAUUACAAUCCAAGAAAAUGAACCUCGUGCUGCAGAUGACGUAAACAGCUUUGACUUCCGGCUUGAUGAACUAUAUCCGUGCCUAGAAUGGAUAGUCGAAUGCAUGAUCAAGCUCGUACCCGGCGAAGAAGCUGUCCAUAAUGCUAUCUGCUGUGUUUUGUUGAUCGAGCUGUGCGGAAUCAUGAGCGAAGCGAUCAAAUUCAGCGACAGACGACCAAUGCUUGAGCUUAUCGACCUGGUUGAGCUCGUGCUCAGUUAUCUCAAGACCAUUUACAUGGCAUUGUCCAAGCGUACAACGGCUGUAAUUGACACGUUGUUUGUAAGCAAUCUCCUAAGGCCACUGCCAGUGGUGCUAAGCACGUACCGGUUCUCUACUUCGGCUUUCCUGGACAUUGCGGUGGACGACAAUCAGAUUUUGAGCCGCGAAUGGGAAGCAUACGGUGUCAGCUUAGCACGGGCUACAACAGAUCUCCUCGCUGCGAUCAGCCGUGUUGUCCAGUACUGCAAAGAUUCUCCUGACGAACGACUGCGAAGUCUCACGAUAAGUUUGUCUUCAUAG